AUGCUCAAGAAUAUGCGUGCUCAAAUUGAACAACUAAAAAGUGAAAAAUCGCGAAUGAUAAAGCGCAUGAAUGAUGUUCGUGAAAUGACUGAACGUAAUCAACGUGAAAUUCAAAAUCUUCGUCGUAAAAAAAAAGCUGCUCAAGAACGAAUGAACCGUCUUGAAAGAACUAGUGAAAUGCAAAAAAUCAUGCUUGAAAAGAGACGGAAGAAAGUUUUACAAACAAAUGAAAAACUUAAAUCGGUUAUGGCAUUACUGAAACGGACCACUACUCCUAAGUUAAUAGCCAAGGCUUUCCGUGAUCAUUCAGCACCUAAUAAUUGUGAAGACGGAAAGGAACCAAGACGAUCCUCUGAUGAUUUAAGUCCUAUCUAUGAUGAAGUAUUUGCCAGUGAAAGAAUAAAUAGUACUUGUGAAAUUGGAAAUGAAUUAAGAGGAUAUGCUCAAGCAUUAGAUGAUAAGAUUGAGAUAAUUACCUCGGAAAUUGCUUGCAUUAAUGCUGAGAUUCAUUCUUUACAAUCAAGUAUUGCUGCGGACCAAGAAGAGAAUUAUAUUAAGACUGAUAAAGCUGAAAAGAAACUUCCCUUCAUCUUACCAGAGGUUGCAUCACAUGAAGCCUUAUAUGACUAUGUUUUUCGA